CUUCAAUAUUAAAAGAUCGCGCUCAGUUAAUUGAAUCUUCAUAUUCGAAGAGAAUUCCUAAAGCAUUAGUACAUGAUUAUCGACGUCUCAUUGCUCAAAGUGCUACAAAAGGUUGGAGUGAAACGAUUCACCGUGUCUCAAUUUCUCCAGUCAACUCGUAAUUCAGAAAAAACAAGGAUUUUUAGCCAAUGAUUACGUAGAUACAUUAUUAUUUUUAGAAGAGAUUGAAUUAAAGGAUAGUAUGGUAAGAAAAAUCACUUCAUUUUUGUGAUUGUGGUUAAACUCUUAUGUUAUUGUUCUUGUUAAAACUUAACUCUGUGGCUUCAUUUAGGUUUGUGAAUUAAGCUGUAGCUUGGUGUUUAAAAAACUUGACCUUUAGUCAUUGACUCACAGGUUAAAGGCCAAAUUCACUUAUUUGGUCGAUUGGUAUCACCAACACACACGUAAAGUGUGACUUGAAACUAUUUAUUUAUUUGAACACAAAUAUUGGUACAAAGGGGCACCGAAUAAAUAUUCGCCACAUUUCGCUAUCCGAUUCGUGUGGUGGCUGGGAUGCUACGCAUUUGUUCCCUUAGGAUCCUGCAGUCCAUGUUCACAAUUGGUUUAUAAUCAGAGUUUUCCAACUCCUCUAGGUGGAUCUUCUGUGUUCAUCAACCCACUUAUAGCUCCAGACAUUCGCUUUUCAUCCUCUCAAUUUCGUAAACAACACCCCCUCCGCUAGAAGGUAGUGAAUAGAACUUCUCUAGCAGUGGUUGUAUACGCGUGUCCAUGUGAGAGCAUUUCGAGAGGGAAAGCUGACUCUCGCCAUCCUCGGCUGUAUCAGGGCAUUUGGGUGUCUACUACAUAAAUUUAUCCUUGGUAAAUAAGUUACACUAUACUGUAUAUUUUUUAGAAGUAUUGAGUAUAUGUCACCAAAUGUUGACUAAACGUCUUUUACAUUCAUGAACGCUAUUCCAUCCAAACAGUUCAGUGCUUUUAGAUUUAAAUGGUAUUUUAUAACUCAUUGUAGCUUUAUGUUUAAAUUUUACUAAGAAUAUAGAUCAAGAUCAUCCAUUUCCUCUCUACAAUUCAUUUCGUUAUGGUCAUUUAUGAUAGAAUGAAAAUAAAACCCUGGAAUCCUGUUCUAAUAAUUACUAUAACAUUGUUCAUUAAUGAGUAGAUAGCUUCAUCAUCAGAUUGAUAUCAGCUAACGCUAACCCGCGUGGUUUGGUGUUCCAGCCAGAUUGGUUGUUAAAUCCUUAUACUGAUGGAGUCUUUAGGUCCUUCUGGAAUGAAUUCCGCGUUUUCAAGGCUCACAAACCCACCGCGUGGAGUGAUUUUGUGGGCAAUCGCGGCCCUGCAGGUCUUGGUGUGUGUAGGUGUCGUACCAAGAAGAGAAAAAUCAACAUUUUUAAAAAAUCUUGCCACACAAAUAACAAGUUUCCCAGAUGAUGUAUGCCGUCAUAAAAUACUACCUCAUUUAGUUAAUGGUUUACGUUAUGGAUCUGCUGGAGUUGAUGCUCUUCUACCUGUAUUGCGUCUUAUUCCAUUGUUAUCGGAUAAUGAUUUUCAAACCUAUGUUCUCCCAUGUCUUUUAAAAUUGUUCUCAUCACCUGAACGUGCAACACGUGUACGCCUUUUAGAACAUCUACCUGAUUUUGUACAACAUUUGCAAACAAAAUGUAUAGAAACACAAAUUUUCGGUCCAGUUUCUGCUGGUUUCACAGAUACACAUCCGGUUGUACGUGAAGCAACUGUACGUGCAAUGAUUCAUUUGGCACCAAAACUUUCAACAAAACUACUAAAUGAGAAUUUAAUAAAGCACAUAAUAACAUUACAGUCACGGGAUGCACAAGGUGGAAUUCGUACUAUGCGGAGACUAUAG